UUGCUACUCCGCACUUGACAAGUUGUCGCCGACUAUUUGUCUGGAUUUUCAUCUGACUCUGCUGCGCUUCUCCGUACUUUUCACUCGAUUUUUUUUUGGGAGAAAAUCGCGCGGUACUGUAACCCGCGUAGUGCCAUAGUCAAGAUGCUGCACAAAUUCACGGUGUUCGCGGUUUUCGCGGUGGCGGCUGUGUCCGCCACAAGCCCGCCACGAGUGUUCACGAUGUGUAUCCCGGAGAUAUACUCAAAAGAAUGCGCAAAGAUGAUUGAGGACUCCGCCAGCAAAGGCUUCCCUAUAUCGUGCAUUUCCGGACGUGAUCGAUACGACUGUAUCGAAAGAGUCGGCCGGAAGGAAGCGGACAUCGUUGCCGUGGAUCCGGAAGACAUGUAUCUCGCAGCGAAGAAUAAGCUUGCUGAAACGGCCGGAUACAAUGUCAUUGAACAGGUGAGGACGAAGGAGGAACCCGAGGCGAUUUAUCGUUAUGAAGCAGUAGCCGUGAUACACAAGGACCUGGACAUUAACAACGUUCAAGGCCUGAGAGGUCUUAAGUCCUGUCACACCGGUGUGGGUCGUAAUGUCGGUUACAAAAUUCCUAUCACAAAGCUCACCGCGAUGGGAGUGCUUACUGAUAUCAACAAUCCGGAAUAUUCCGCUCGCGAGAAUGAGCUUCGCGCUUUAAGCACGCUGUUCGACAAAGGCUGCCUGGUUGGCAGGUGGUCACCCGAUCCCGACAUUAAUCAAAGACUCAAGGAGACAUACAGCAACAUGUGCGCUCUCUGCGAAAAACCAGACGUGUGCGAUUACCCAGACAUAUAUUCCGGAUACGAAGGCGCAUUGCGCUGUUUGGCACAUAACGGCGGUGAUGUCGCCUGGACGAAGGUCAUCUACGUGAAGCGUUUCUUCGGUCUGCCAGUCGGCGUCACCCCGGCAGUGCCGACAUCCGAAAAUCCGGCCAAUUUCCGAUACUUCUGUCCAGACGGUAGCAAAGUGCCUAUCGAUGCUGAUACGAAACCAUGCACAUGGGCGGCCCGACCGUGGCAAGGAUACAUGACCAACGGAGACGACCGUAACAAUGCGGAAGCUAUCCAAAGAGAAUUGACGCAGUUAGGUCAACUCGGCGAGAACGAGAAGGCAAAUUGGUGGAAAGACAUUAUGCUGCUCGAUGAAAAAACCUUGGCUGUCGCCGCACCGCCAGUAUCGCCGGAUGAACACUUAAAGAUUGCGAAAUACAUGGACGUGAUCGAGAGAAACUCCGGAGCACCAGAGAGAGACGCCCGCGCGUGUGUUUGGGAUGAGAAGGCGCUGAGCAAGUGUCGCAAUCUCGCUAGAGCCGCGUUCUCCAGAGACGCCAGACCCAGAUUUGAUUGCAUACUGGAAAAGGACGAAGCUGCCUGCUUGCAAGCUAUUAGGGAUAACGGAGCUGACAUGGCAGUGAUUGACGGCGGAUCAGUAAAACUCGCAAUCGAUAAUUACAAUGCAAAGCCGAUCAUUGCUGAAACUUAUGGCAAGGGAUCGACGAAAUUCAGCGAGCGACCUGCAGUCGCUGUUAUCAAAAGAGGUUCUCCCAUAAAUAACUUAGCUGAUCUCAGAGGCAAGAAGUCUUGUCAUAGCGGUUACGAGGGUGACUUCGCGGGCUACUCCGCACCGGCUCAUAUCCUGAAACAGAAAGGACUUAUUAAUGAACCGAACGAAAUGGAUGCUUUCUUCGCUGAAUCCUGUGCACCUGGCGCACCUCACAACUCGAAAUCCUGUCAACUUUGCGUCGGCAAUAUCAAGGCCGAUGAACGAACGAAAGAAGCCACGAAAUGCAGACCGUCGAAUGCUGAACAUUACAACGGCGGAAAAGGAGCACUUAGAUGUUUGAAAGAUGGUAAAGGAGACGUUGCAUUCGUACCUUUGACGGCUUUGCAGCAGCUCGAUGACAAGGACGAUGCAGGCAAAAGCGACGAAUACAUGUUGCUCUGCCCGAAUGAUAGUCAAGCAGCUAUCGAUGCGUGGGAGAAUUGCAAUUUAGGAUUAGAGCCGCCGAGAAUAAUCGUCAGCUCGGCCGGAAAAUCGCCGAACGCCCUGGAAGAGUUGAAACAUGGUGUUUUGUCCGCAACUUCUUUAUAUUCCAAGCGGCCGGAACUUCUGCGUCUCUUCGGCGCUUGGGAUGACAAACGUAACGUAUUAUUCAAGGACGACGUGAAAGAAUUGAUAUCCAUCGACAAUACAUGGGACAAAUGGAAUGCCUGGGCAAAUAUUCAACAGAAUAACGGCAAUUAAAACUUGAUACUCAACAAUUUAAAACUAUCUGAUCGUCCUUAAUGGAUGUCUACAUGUGAUAUUGCUGCUAUUAUCAGCGCUAAGAAAUUAUUGCUGUUAGAUCAUAUAUCAAUAAUCCGCAAGAGAACUGUUAGAGAAAUAAACUGCUAUCACUCUCGAUAA